AACUAGAGCCGUUAACUUUUGGUUUUGUUGGGUGCUUGAUCGGUUUUCUACCUUUUUAGUCUGACAUUGGACUCCAGAAACAGGGGGAAGAAGGAUUGAUUUUCCUCUUUGGGAUUAUGGGCUCGGAGACGGGUUCAUCGCCGUCGUCAGCUCCAGCGACGGCAGCAACAGCAUCCCCAAGUGGUAAGAGAAAUAGAGACCCAGAAGACGAGGUUUAUCUCGACAAUCUCCACUCUCACAAACGAUAUCUUAGUGAGAUAAUGGCGUCAAGUUUAAAUGGACUGACAGUGGGAGACUCCUUACCAGAUAAUAUAGUGGAUUCUCCCUCAAGAUCCGAAAACAUGCUUUAUAUCAGGGAGGAGAUGUCCUUUCAGUAUUCUCCAAUGUCAGAAGAUUCAGAUGACUCACGAUGCUAUGAACCUUUGACAAUUACCAGCUCCCCCCAAUCUGAGAGCACGCCAACUAGUCCAGUCUCACCCUACCGAUAUCACAGACCUUUGAAUGGGUUCUCAUCAGGCCCUCCCUCCACGUCAUACCCGUCACAUUCCUGCAACUUCCCUCCUGCCACAUCCUCACAGCCUCGUCAACGAGGCUCUGAUUCUGAAGGUCGUUUUCCAUCAUCACCCAGUGACAUAUGCCACUCUGCUGACUUAAGGAGAGCUGCACUUUUGCGAUCUGUGCAAAUGAGGACUCAACCUCUCGGACCAUCAUCAUUUGAGGUGCAACUUAGUCCAGGGCUGGAGCCUAGUCAUAUGGAGACCGAGGACCGGCCUUGUUCCUACAUGAAGUCUUUAGUUGAUGAGAGGGAAUAUAAGAUUGACCAAUGCUCCUCAAUGAGUGUAUCAGCACCCGAAAAUGGGGAAAGACCUUGUAGAAUUUUGAAUAUGGGGCCGAAAGGAGAUGAAUCUGUAGAUUAAACACAAUCCCUAUCCCUGACCUUAAUGACUUCAAUUACUGCACUUGUGCACAACUAAAAACUUCAGUGAACGGCUUGUGCACUUUAGGCUCAAAGAUGACAACUUUCCGAAAAUGGGCCUGUUCUAUAACUCUUGUAAAAAUAGCACGGUAUAGCGAGUUUCGGACUGGUCAUUCAAAAAUAGCCGGCGUUUACCAA